AAUGAUGCUGCAAGCAGGGGCUGGGGCAUUUUCGCCUUGUGGAUUUACUCUCGCAGAGAAUAGCAAAGAAAGUUGUUCUUGCAUCAUUUGAAACUCUGGGCGGCGUUGAAAGAGGAACAGCAUGCAGCUACAUCAUCAAAUAGGCUCAGGUGACUAUCGAACUGGAUAAGCUAUCAGUGAUGUCUGAACACAGCGUCUCACACAGUGGAGACUGUUUUUCUGAUGUUCUGUCCCAUGCUACUGUUCGGAACUGCACAUUGCUGGUUCACUGUAAAGCUGCCGACCCGGUGAAAUCCUCAAAGAGCCUUCAAAGGGUGAAAAGUUAGGCGUCGGCGGAUUAAACAAGCAGCAAGCCGGGAGAGCGCCACCUGCUUUGGACCAGCGCUUUGGACCAUGAACAUCACAUAUCCCCAUGGAGUUCAUCAGCCUCUGACCUUCCGGAAUCAUAGCUAUGGACUACCCGGCAGAGGCACGAACAGAUCAGUCGGGAAGGGUGAUGCCCUGGAAGGGUGCUACGAGCAACUUUUCAUCUCUCCCGAAGUGUUCAUCACUCUGGGCUUGGUCAGCUUGCUAGAGAACGUCCUCGUGAUCGCUGCCGUUGCCAAGAACAAGAACUUGCAUUCCCCCAUGUACUUUUUCAUUUGCAGCUUGGCCGCCGCCGACAUGCUGGUGAGCGUCUCCAACGGCUCGGAGACCAUUCUCAUCGUGCUGCUGGACAACGCGGACGCCGACGCGCGAGGUUUCACCACGAGCAUCAACAACAUCAUCGACUCGGUGAUUUGCAGCUCCUUGCUGGCCUCCAUCUGUAGCCUGCUCUCCAUCGCCGUGGAUAGAUACUUCACGAUCUUCUAUGCUCUCCAGUACCAUAACAUCAUGACGGUGAGGCGGGUGGGGGUCAUCAUCACCUGCAUCUGGGCUGCGUGCACCGUCUUGGGGGUUCUGUUCAUCAUUUAUUCCGACAGCAGCGUGGUCAUCGUCUGCCUCAUCAGCAUGUUCUUCACCAUGCUGGUCCUCAUGGCCUCCCUCUACGUCCACAUGUUCAUGAUGGCCCGGUUGCAUAUUAAAAAGAUCGCCAUUCUCCCCAGGACGGGCCCGAUUCGCCGCGGGGCCAACAUGAAGGGGGCGAUCACGCUGACCAUCUUGAUAGGCGUCUUUGUGGUAUGUUGGGCGCCGCUCUUUCUCCACCUGCUCUUCUACAUCUCGUGCCCUCGGAAUCCGUACUGCAUCUGUUUCAUGUCCCAUUUCAACCUGUACCUCAUCCUGAUCAUGUGCAAUUCCAUCAUCGACCCUCUGAUCUAUGCGUUCCGGAGCCAAGAGCUGAGGAAAACCUUCAGGGAGAUUAUGUGCUGCUGUAGCUUGAGAGGAAUGUGGGAUUUCUCCAGUAAAUACUGAGUGGACAUUGAUAAACGACUGCACGUAAGCACUUUCCGUUCAGACUGAUGCCUCCUCCAGUGCUGCUCCGAGGAGACUCUGGACGACAUGAACAACAAUGAAUGUUUUUCAAUUGUUGUUAAUUGUAUUCCCUUUCCUUGCUUUAUGGCUGUCAGACUGCAUGUGUGUUUCUUCUAAAUGUUAAAGCGGCCUGGAAUGUCUCAACAGGAAGCCAUUAAAAGGA